AUGGACCGAUCCACCCUCAGUCGACUGGGCACCAUGGCGGCGUUCCUCCUCAUACUUGUCCUCGCCGCCAGCAACAGCGAGCACGGACACGCAGGAGCCGUUGCUGCGGGCAACCUCGUCGUCGUCCGGGUCCGGCUAACCGGCCGCGGCCCGGAUGACAAGACCACCGUUGCCGUGCAGAGACACGACGUCUCCUUGGCCGGCUUCACCGAUGGCACCGGCCACUGGCACGCCUUUCCUGGCCUUGAGCAUCUCUUCCCCUCGUCUACAACCCUCCCUUUCAGUAGCAGCUACAGCGACCUCAUCGGCGGCCUCGCGAACCUGCCGGGCGUGCCGCUGGGGCAGGAGGCCAUGCUGGAGGCCAUCCGCGUGCUCGCCGCCUACCGCCCCGGGGCCGACGUGGAGCCGGUCAAGCGGGCGCUGGCGGUGAUGAAGGUUGUGAUGUGCGAGGCCCAGCGGGUAGGGCCCAUCAAAGAGAUCUUCAACAACGGAUGGGACACCGGUGCCCGCGUCGCCCCGGAGCACCUGCCCUACAUUGAGCACUGGGACACCAUGUCCUACGAGAUCCUCCGCUCCAACCUUACGGGCAAGUGGGACGGGCCCUUCACCAAGAUGCUAGAGACCCAGCAUAGAGGCGCCAACAUCUGGAGCAAGGAGGAGGCGGUGGCGGUGAUGAACAUGCUGAUGGAUGCGGACUUCGAGCAAGUGCUCAAGGCUCACGCCAUCCCGAUCAACUUAGAGUAA